UCAUGCUGCUGCCAGGUCCACAGUGUCUCAUGGGUCCCUGUACCGCCUCCCAUUGCUGCUGUCUCCAUCGCCACACUCUGCCAUGUGCCACUUUCAGGUCUCCUCACACUGCUGGUGGGUUCCAUUUUGUCAUAGGGUGCUGGCAGAUUACGGGCCUCCCAUUGCUGCUGCCAGGCCCGUAAUCUGCCAUGGGCCCUUGUACCGCCUCCCUCAUGCUGCUGCCAGGUCCACAGUGUCUCAUGGGUCCCUGUACGGCCUCCCAUUGCUGCUGUCUCCAUCGCCACACUGUGCCAUGUGCCACUUUCAGGUCUCCUCACACUGCUGGUGGGUUCCAUUUUGU